UAAUCUUGUUUCCCCUAACCAGCCCGUGCCUCCAUCUGCCCCCUAGAUUCCUAUUCUCUCAUAAUUAAUAUAAAUCUAAAAACAGGUAGAAGAGGGUCAUUUUUACAGGAUACGGAUCCACUUCCAGGAUGAGGAGGAAACCACUGAAGAGGAAUGUUUAUAAUAAAGAAAUAACACGGUUUCCAGUGUUCAUGUAAAUAUUUUCUGAAGAAAUGCUAUUUUGUUUGUAAAGGAAAAAAUGUUUAUUCUGUUAUUUGUAUAUCAUUACUGUAACCUGAUUUAAACUUUAAAUGUCUCUGAACGCAGCACUGGACUAGUGCGACCAAUGGCAAAGCUCCUUACUUUGGGGAGCGGCCAAUUUCAAGAAAGGACUUUUUCUAUUGGCUCAGUGCACCGGAUACUGUUGAAUACAUUGUUACAAUGCUGUUAUGACAGUGCAUUUUCGGACUGCACCUGACGCAUUGAGAACGCAGUUUGUUGUAAGUUAUUGUUUAUUUGUUUACUUAAGCCAGCCUGACGAAGGUUUCAUUGUAAACCGAAACGUUGCAAUUUUGGCUUUUUCUACGCUUUUUGUAGCUGUGAAAUACAAUUAAAAGUGCUUUUUGGGCAACACUUUAAACUCCGUUCUUUCACCUUAGCAUGUAGCCAAUUAGCUAUACUUAGCACGUGUCAUAGUGAAGUUAUAGCUAAAGCUAAGCUAAAAAAGGAAAAAGCAUGCCGGCCCAUUUUGAUGAUGAAGAUGACUGGAUGCUAGUGGAACGGAGAAGGGGUCGCAGGGAGUACGGUUGGCCAAACCGGGACCGGAGAAAUGAAGAUGACAGACCGGAAAGAUAUUACCGAAGUGAGUACCCCUCCCCUGAAAACCGACAGACAUACAGAAGAAGAGACUUUUUCUCCCGUGAAGGGAGACAAAUACGCAGAAAUGACUACCCGGACGAAGACAGGUGGCGAUCACGCAGAAAUUAUUACCCCUCCCGUGAAAGACGACAGAGCUACGCUACGGUCACUAGAUAUGGCAGAUUUGCUGGGAGGCAGAAUGAUCGCAGAGAACAACAGAGGUACCGAACGGGUAGAACUACAUAUCCAGAUCCGCGCCCCCGUCCACCCAGAGAGGACAGAUGGAUGAGGGGACGAGAUGAAGGAGAGGAUCGAAACCCAAACAGGAGGAGAAGAUACUUCAACCCGUCUCCUAGACAACGGAACAGAACCCAGACGGAUCGGAUUCAAUCUGAUGAUACAGAUUUUCUACAAAAGCAUCUUGGGCAAGAAGAAACUUUGGUCGCAGACUCACUGAGGAGACACUGGACCAAACCCAAGCAGUGAUUGUUGCUAAGAUGGCGGACUUGAGAUCAACAGAUGAGGCACCGCAACAACCUGCUCUGAGGACCAG